CUCAGGGGGCCUACAUUGACUAGGAGACGCAUGCUAAGCACCUCUCGAGCUCGCCUCGACGACAAGCAUCAAGCAUCCACUCAGCCUGGAUUUGGACCACGAUUGCGGCCGCUAUAUCGACGCGCCUUGCAAGCAUUCAUCGCGAAACGAUACUACGGCUACUCGCGAACGAAUAGCUGCAGCAACAGCAGCGAAAUAGACAGCUACAGAGCAGCAAUAACACCUAGGUGGGCACAGCUCUCACAGAGGACAGGACACGAAUCGCAUUACGAUGCCAAAACACCAAAUACUGCUCCUGGCGACGACAGCCACCGCGCUGCGCCUGGCGCCGCGCCGCACCGUCGUCCGCAUGGCCACCACCACCGAAGCCGAGACAAGGCCGAAGGUCGUAGUUGUGGGAGGCGGCUGGGGCGGCUUCGGCGCCGCAUUGGCUGCGGCAGAAAAUAACUGCGACGUCACUUUGAUUGAUGCGGGCGACCCGACGAGCGGCAUGACGACGGACAGCGGCAAGCCGUUCGAGCCCGGCAUGAGGGGCUUCUGGAAGGACUACCCGAACAUCAAUCAAUUAGGAGACGAGCUCGGUAUUGAGGGAGCGUACACGGACUUCACGGAGAGCAGUUUCUUCUCGCCCGAUGGUCUCGAAUGCACCGCUCCUGUGUUUAGUGGUAGUAGGGAACUACCUUCCCCACUCGGACAGGUCUUCGCGUCGUUCGACCGCUUCAAGAGGUUGCCUCUGAGAGAUAGAGCGUCGAUCGCGGGACUAUUGGCGGCGAUGCUCGACUUCAACAGAACGCCGGAAAUUUUUGACCUUUAUGAUCGGAUGACGGCGUACGAGCUCUUUCGGCGCGUCGGCGUCACGAAGCGACUCGUCGAUGAUUUUCUCAGGCCUACUUUGUUGGUGGGGUUGUUCAAGCCGCCCGAAGAACUGUCGGCAGCCGUCACGAUGGAGCUGUUGUACUUCUACGCCUUGGCGCACCAGACGUCCUUUGAUGUCCGAUGGCUCGCUCGUGGGACGGUCCAAACGACUUUGCUGAAGCCGCUAGCUGAUCGAUUAGUAGAGAUGGGUGUAAAAAUAAAACCGAGAACGUUCGUCACGCAACUCACGUACGAAAAUGAGCAAGUGACGUCCGUAAAAACGAGCGAGGGUUCGGUGGCCUGCGACGCCGUCGUGCUCGCUUUAGGUGCAGGGGGCAUGAAGCGCGUCCUAGCUUCUUCUACGGAGCUGUCGAAGGCAGCGCCGGACCUAGCAGCGUCGGCCUCAUUGAACGCUAUUGAUGUGGUCGCCGUGCGACUCUGGCUCGAUCGUACUGUCAAGACAGAUACACCAGUAGGCGUUUUUGCCAAGUUUCCGGAGCUACGCGGUGCUAGACCUGUGUGGAAAUCGACCAAGUCAUUUCUCGGCGACGACGCGGCCGUUCUGGUUCCGUCGAGCUGUCGCCACGCCAUCGAGGUGUCGCGUCGAUGGCGUGGAGGUCGACGCGAAACGCGCCGUAAAAUUUUGAUUUCCACACAGGCGCGGGCGGGACCUUCUUUAUGUUGGACCAGCUCCAGAAAGAUAAUUUGGAGGAGUUGUGGGGUGAUGAUGACGUGCAGGGUUCCGUGUUGAGUGCGGACUUUUACAAUUCGGGUGCGAUCGCGCCUCUUUCUGAUCAAGCGAUCGUCGAGCUCGAGAUGAAGUUACUCUCAGAGGCCUAUGCUGGGUUCAAGGACGCCAAAGUCGUCGAUAGCUGCGUCAAGCGCUACCAGGGCGCCGUGUCGUGGUUCUCGCCUGGCUCGUUCUCGAAGCGGCCGCCCCUCGCUACUUCGGUGAAGAACGUCUGCUGCGCGGGGGACUGGGUGCGCAUGGGGUCUCGAGAGCACGGCGCGAAGGGCUUGUGCCAGGAACGAGCUCUUGUUUCUGGAUACGAGGCGGCGAACGAAUUGGCUUCUCGCGGAGUCUUGAACGGGAACCGGCGCAUGAAGCAAAGGCUGGAGAUCCGCGACGACGAGCCGGCCUACACGAUGGGCGUGCGCGCGUCGUCCGUGAUCCAGGGGGCCCUCGAUCGACUGGGUGUUGGGUCUGUAUGGGUCCGCUAAGUUAGUUGUGUUUCUAUAAUGGUCUCGUCGAUGGCGUGCUGCGGCGAUGUCGUUCGGCGCUGCAGCCUCGACCGUAGGCAGGCAACCAGUAGCGCUAGUGUUACGGUGCUAGGACUAGUCGAGGCAAACAGCAAAGGCACGAAGGCACACAACUAAGCG